AUGGGAAGAAAGGAUCAAAAGAACAAUAAGAAGGACGUUCAAUUCGUUCAUCACGUAGAGGAUUCUGCAUCUUCUGUUGCUUGUGACGAGACAACUCAGUGGGCGAAACCUUUAGUAUUGGAUACGUCAAAGAUUAAAAUUGCCAAAUAUUAUGAGGGGAAGACAGACGAUGAAGAUGACGAGGAGGAUGAAGGUAAUGAUAAUGAGAAUCAAGAUAAAUUAGAGGGAAUACCAGAGGAGCCAAUAGAAACGAAAGAAACAAGCGAUACCCCGCUGUCUGAAAGUGAAGAUGGAGAUCCACCCUCACAGGAGGAAGACAUCUCCAAGGAGGAAGGGAAUGAAAAUACACAUGACUUGGAAGAACAAUCUCAGUCUCCCGAAUGCGACAUGCCCCUAUCGACGACAGGUGAAUUGACUGACUCGAAAUUGAUAGAGUCAACCGCGACUCCGGAAGAAAGUCUAGCGAAUGAUAGUACAGAAGCAGUGCCGGAGCUAGAAUCGAACCACAGUUUAGAAAGUCCUUCCGAUCAUACUCCAAAUACAUCCGAUGACAUCCCUCCUUCCGUUCCAGACGCUCCACCAUCAGAAGAUAUACGGGACGACAGAUAUGCACUUAGUAAAAUAGAAUCCCAUCAAUCACAUCCGUCAAAUCAUACAGUUCGUUUCGCCGACGACAUUGCGUCAACAAGUUCCAGAUCAAGAGACAAGAAGAGCAAGAGGAGUAGUAAGGAUAGAAAACCAUCUGUGCCCGAAGUCCCACGCAAACCUGAGUCUCUAUUGAGUAAGAAGGUUAAAAGGAGCAGGGAAAGCUCACGGUCUACUGAAGACGGGCUACGAGUACCACCAGAAGUUCCAGACCCGCCCCAGCGGAAACAUGCUGAGCUCGAAAAACAUUCGAGGGGGGAGAAAAGGAAGGCAAAGGACAGGAAAGAGAAGGGCGACGCGAAGAAAAGUAGAAGCAAAGGAAGGGAUGCUCCUAAAAUGGCAUUAGUACCAAUACUGAAAUCUUCGGAAACGGCAAUACAUAGUGAUGAGUCUAAACCAGCUGAAAGUAAUAGUGACGAAGCAGUCCAGGAGCCACAGACAAUUCCAGAUGUUGUUCAGCCAGUAUCAGAUCCAGACCCCCCACCUCUACCAGAAGUUAAACCAAGUGAAGAUAUAGAGGCCGAAGGAAUGAUACCAAUACAAGAGAGCUUACCAACAAAACUUGAAGAACAUCCAGAUACCGAGGAGACACCAACCAGUGAUGUACCAGCUUCAGAUGACGUAAAGGAGGAAGAAGAAAACGUUUUGAGCAUGCAAAACAAUCAGGCCGUCUCCGAGGAAGAUGUAGCUACAGAAGAGGCAUCCACAACUGAUGUGCCAAUAACAGAAGAUUCACAGGUGGGAGGUGGGGAUAUUCCGAGCACAGAAGACAAUCCCGCUGCCAUCGAAGAAUCUCAUGUUGAUGAGGAAGUUCCUGUUACAAACGAAACGGUUGAAGUUGAGGAUGGUAAGCUCAUUGCUGAAAAUGGGAUGGAGAUCAAUGCGGAAGAGCCCAACAGUGAGGUUGUUUCGGAAGCUGCAGUGGAAAGCCCUAUCGAUGACGAGGAGAGUCCUUUACCGGAUGAAAAUGAUUCACAAGAUCCUGAAGUAGCAGAAAAGAGCUCGAGCAGCGAAGAUAUUUCAACUGGUACCGAGGAGAUGUCAGCCCCUGGGGAAGAGGCCUUAAAACCUGUCGAAUCCACACCAAUAACUGCCACCGGCGAAGAAAUUCUAAGCUCCCUGGAGACACCCACAACAAUCGAUGAGCCUCAACCAGAGGAUGAUACUCACUCUAGUGACGAACCGGCUAUGCUGGAAGAAAGUACACAUAAUGAUGACGAAGUACCACCUCCCAUCGAUCAUGUAUCUGGGGAAAACGUUGGAUCAGACCCCCAAGUCGAACUUGAUGCGAACGAGAAAUCAAUCGAGGAAAAGUCUUCCGAAGAGUCCGGUUCUGAAGAAGUCUCCGACCCAACCGAGCCAGUAUCCCUACCCGUCCAGGAGCCAGUAGCGAUCGAAAGUGAUGUUCAAGAUGAGGAGAAAGAAGAACUAAAUCAUGUCGAUCAUGCGACCUUGGAAACUCCAGAAGAAUUUGUUCCGGACCAAACAGGCACAGAAGAUUCAAAAGAUGAGCCUAUUCAACAAAUCGAAGCCGAGAGGCCUAGUCCCGAAGAAGCUGGACCCGAAAGUGUUGAAACUCUUGAAGAAGCAAAUAAUCAUACCGAUGAAGAAUCUAAGCCAAAUGAACCUUCUCCUCAGCCAAGCGAGGAUAAUCCGGCGGAGACAGUGCCUAACAAUGUCGAUACCGAUAUUCUGACCCCCGAGGAUCCGACUGUGACUACCGAGACUAAUGACCUGACAGAUCACGUGGAAGACUCUAAUGUCGAGGAUGAUGUCAUUCAAGAAUUACCACAAUCAAGCGAUUCCGAUGACAGUCCAGCCAUUGAAAACAAGGUUGCUGGAGAUUCUACCGAGGAGAGUCCUGAAAUCAGCCCAGAUACAGAAAGCGUUGAACCCAACGAUAACGUCCUAGAUAUUCCAGCUAUAAUCGAAAAGUCACCUCAGGGCCAAGAAGAUGCCCUCGUCAACCCCAAAGCUCUGGAAUCUGAUGCUAAAGUCGAACAAUUGCCAAUUGGGAGCGAAAAUGUUCAAGAAACUCCAGUAAAAGACGAAGCUUCGGACGAGAGUCCUUCGGAUGAUCCACAACCUAUAGUCGAGGGAGAUUCAACACCAGAAACGUCUGUGGAAGAGGAAGCUUCGGACAAGAGUCAUUCGGAUGGUUCAAAAGCCAUAAUCGAGAAACAUUCAACACCGGAAACGUCCGCGGCAGUUGAAGACAUGUCUACCGAUACGGGAGAAAGCAAUGAGAGUCCAGAGAAUGAAGAAACACCGAUGACAAUUGAUCAAACCUCCAACGAGGCAGAAAGUGCUCCAGAAUUACCGGAAUCUGAAGAAAGUCCAACGGAGAUUGAGGAAUGUCAAGAACCACAAGCAGAUGACGAUACAUUGAAACAACUCGAGAACGGCGUUGUACCGGCAGUGGUUAAGGAUGACUUGGAGCUGGAAAAUGUCUCAUUAGGAGAUGUUGAAGAUGUUCAUGAAUCCUCAGAAGAUGACGAGAUAGCAGAUUUACUCAUGCCUGAACAGGAUCCCGUAGUGAUUGAGGAGACAUCCAACCAUCCAGAAAACGUGCCGACAGAAGAUGCUUUAGACAAGACGGAAGCGAUCCAAGAAUCUCCAGAAGCCGGUCCAGUGCCUGAGGCUGACAAUGAAACCAUUCCUGUCAAUACCGAAAAUACUUUGGAACAACCAAGCGAGGAAUCUCAAGUUGAAUCUGGAGAGGAACAGCUUUCCAAUGAAACUCAAGAAUCGCCGGCUAGCAAUGAACAGCGAAUAGAAAUCCAUCAAGAUCCUCCUCAGGAUCCGAAUGACAGUUUCGCACAAACAACUCCAGAUAACACCAAUCCCGAGCCAAUUGAAGAACCUCAAAUCGUGCUGCCUCCUACCGAGCACGAUGACGAAAUCGAGGGGAAAGAGUUGAAGGAAUCCGAUCCAAUCGAAUCGGAAAAUGAGGCAUCAAGUUGGGAUGGCGAUUCAAAUGAUGAAGAUUCAGAAUCUGAUAACGAACACGAGGAUGAGAACUCAUCUGUUACCGAAGAAAAUGGCCUUGAAUCGGCAGGGGGUGAGGAGAAGCAUUUGCAUGAGACAGAAGAAAUCAAUGCUCCGGUUCUUAACAACGAAUCAGAUGAAGUUCCUGUUCCUUCCUUGGAUAAUGCAUCCAAAUCAUUGGACGGAGAGGCUGAUAUUCAACUUGAUGAAACAGCCAACAUCGAUAAUACCAAUAAUCCUAUCCCUGGAGAGGAACCCGUCGAGGGCAUCCCCGAGGCCGUAGAGGAGAAUAAUCAGCCAGCUGUAACAGCUACCGUUAGAGAUCCCGAUACUCCUGUUUACGAGGAAAAACCUCCCGAAGACCUGCAGGUAUCUGUUGCGGAUAACCUUUCCGAAGCGGUGCUUGAGAAGGAUGCUAUUCAGCCAAGCGAAGAUAUCGAUGUUGCAGAAGUUCACGAACCCGAAAAAGAAGUUAUCGAAAAUACAGAGGCCCCUGCCGUUGAAAGUCUUUCCGGAUUAAUCAGUGAAGGAGAUAAAAAUAUCGACACUUCGGAAACUGACCCAUCCCAGGAAAUUGGCAAUCCUACCCAAGAGUUAGGGGAAGACCCAGAAACACUCGUUAUCGAAAGUGAUACUCCCAAGGUAGUCGUCGAGGAAGAAGGACCAGUACAUUCAGAAAGAGCAGUUCAUGACGAGGAGACCGAAAUUCCAGUGCCCGAGGACGAAUCUGACCAGAGCCCGGAUGCCCCUGCCAUGGAAGCUUCCGAGCCAGUCAGCGAGGAACCCUCAGUUGAGAUCAUGGAAAAUGUCCCAUCCCAGGAGCCUGACAGUCCUGUUCCUGAACAAGGGGCAACUGAGGUGCCAGAAAUCUCCGUCAAUGAGGAAAAUGAGCCCGAACCAGUUGUCGAAGACAAAGAACCUAUUCAGCCCAAAGAAAGCGUCCCAAAUGAAGAUCCCAAUCUUCCAGUCCAUGAAGAACAGCCAGUUGAAGCGCAUGAAUCUCCUGCAGCCCCGGAAGAGGUAGAGAGCGAUGCUAUCACUGGUGAUGUUGCUGCUAUCACAGAAGACGAGACCCAAGCGAUCGAUGACCCCCAUCCACCCGCGGAAGAGGAUAAGCAGAUUACUGAGAAUGUAGAAGCUCCAGUCGAGCCAGAUUCUAUUCCCAUCGAUGCUACACCUGUUGAGACAAUGGCAGAUAAAGAACCAUCAGUGGAAGCGCCCGAAGAAGAGGGAUCUCUAGAAAAAGAUGCUGAUCCCGAGUCAAUACAUAUGGAGACUGUUCCAAUCGAAGAGCCUUUGACUGAAGAUCUUCCUACUGAAGAGCUCCUUGCCGAGAAUCCGCUUACCGAAGAGCCCGCUGCUGAAAUUCCUCAUACUGAAGAAUCUGCUACCGAUCCAAUCCAGGAAAAUUCAGCUGAACAAGAGCCUGAGCCCACACCAAGCGAGCCUAUUCCCGCUCCAGCCGAGGAAUCAGCUCCUUCAGAACCUCCUAUAGAACCAGAAGCCACAGCAAACGGUCCCCCUUCAGAGCCUGAGCCUGUGGUUAUAGAAGAAAUUGCCCCUGAACCCGCCUCAGUUGAUAAUCUCGAGGAACCUGUGAUUGAAAGCAAUCCCGAGCCGGAGAGCGUUAAGACAAAAAGUCCUAUUGAACCCAGCCCAAUCAUAGAAACUCCCCAAACACCUACCAAUCCCAUUGAAAAUAUGGAGGAUGGGGAACAAGCACCACCUGAGUCUGAACCUACGCAAGUUAAUGUCGUUGAACCAAUUGAGGAGAUUCAGGGCGAGGAACAACCUGAGGUUGUUGAAACAAUAAAGGAUGAUCCGACAGCUCAAGAGGUAGUCGCUGAGCAAGCUGAAGAGGCUGUAGCUCAAGAGCCAAUUGAGGGAUUGGCUGUUGAGCAAGUUGAAGAGGCUGUAGCUCAAGAGCCAAUUGAAGAAGUAGCUGUUGAGGAAGCUGAAGAGGCCAUGGUUCAAGAGCCAAUCGAAGAAAGAACCUUUGGGCAGGCUGAAGAGGCUGUGGUUCAAGAACUUGCUGGGGAGCCAGCUACCGACCAACUCCCAGAUGAUACCACUAGCGAGGCGCCAAUACUCGAUCCAUCUACAGUUGAGACUGCCAAAGAACCAGUUGUCCCGGAGCCAACCAUCGAAGCACCGAUUGAAGAACCCGUCGUCGAAGAUGUCCAGGAAUCAGUGGAGACAUCCAGUGAACCGGAUCUCCAACAACCUGUCGAAAGUGUCCAGGAACCAUUAGUGGAAGCAUCCAGUGAGCCAGACCUCGAACAAACUGUCGAAAAAGCCAGCGUUACACCGCCAAACGAAGAGCCCAUCGCCCUAGUGGCUGAACAGCCGAUCGAUGAUAUAGUUGUUGCGGAAGCACUGCCUUUAGAGGAGCCAGUGAUAGAGGGCGCUGCUGUGGAACAAACUACGGAAUCCAAAGAGGCACCCGAGGAAUCCGUCGAAGAUCUAUCAUCUGAUCAACCUGCGGCCCCAACAGUAGAAGAAGUCCCCGGGGAUAAAGAAAAUCUACAGGAAGUCACUGAGGAGUCCCCUGCUCUCUCAGAUCCCAUACAAGAGCAAAGCGAGUCUCAGAAGGAGGACAAGCCGAAGGAAGUCGAAGACUUUGAGGCUGUUGCCCUUGCUGGACUUGCAGGUGCAGCCGCAGGUGCAGCGGCGGCCAAGGUCUUGGACGAUAAGGAAAAUGACAGUCCAAUAGCUGACCAGCCUCUGGUAAAUGAGGCGGAACGUAUUGAGAAUCGCGAGGAUAAAGGAGCUGAGUCUCCCUCGAAAUCGGACAAAUCGGACAGAGACAGACGCAGACACAGGAGCUCGAGGCAUCACUCAUUCAGUAACCACAACUCAACUAAGUAUGGUGAAUACCCACCUUCCAGCAGACCAGAAGAACAGCCAAGACGCCGAAGACAUUCUCAUAGCCACAGAACCAGUGGCGCAACCAGUGAUAGAGAAGAGGAUAAAGAGAAUUAUCGUAGCCACAGAUCUAGUCAGAAGGAAGAUGAUAAAGAGAGACCAGAACGUUCUCAUCGCCGACGAUCUAGCCAUAGAGAAGAUGAGCCUGAGCGUUCUUAUCGACGUAGGUCUAGCCGUAAAGAAGAAAAGGAAGAUAAAGAGGAGCCAACCCGUGGUAUUUCUCCAGCAAAGCAAUCUCCAGAUCGUCGAGAUAGUGCUAUUGAGGGUGUGGACGAUGAACGUGAACGUCGCCGACGCCAUCGUAGAGACCGCAAUCGAGAGGAGCAAGAAGAACACGACAAGAAAAAGGAGGAACGCCGAGCAGCUAAAAGAGAAGCAGCAAUCAAGGCCGAAGAAGCCUUCAGAGCAGAAGAAGCACGAAAAGCUGAGGAAGAGGCACGAAAGGCUGAGGAGGCACUGCAAAAGAUAAAAUCUGAAUCCAUUCCGUUACCCGCCGCCCCAAAACGAUCAAGAUCACGAAGAGAAAGCAUUUCAAAGUCAUACUCAGUCACUCCGCAUGAAAGUGACGGUAUUCGAUCCCGACUUCUUAGUUUCAAGAAGCGCGUUCAAAGCGAAGUUACCAGUCCAUUUAUAGCAAACGACGAGCCACAUAUCAAGGAGAAGCUUACCCCCGUCACACGUUCCAGAAGAGACUCCAUCGUUGAUGAGCCGGGCCCUCAGUUCGAUGUUACACCAGAACGUACGAAAAUGAGUUCCAAUACGAGAAAGUCAUCUCGAUCAUAUCCACAUCAUUCUCACUCGUCGUCUCGCAGAGAGUCUGAACGAACUCAUAGUUCGAGAAAAGAGCCAAGUCGAGGGGAUUCUACCAGGGAGAAGUAUAAGACGGAGGAGGAGAAGGAGGCAAGAAGGGCUCGCAGGGAGAUGAAAAGACAAGAAAAGCUUGCCAAGGAAGAGGCGGAAGCAGAAAAUAUACUCCAAAGAGAGAAGGACGAUGAGUUGAGGCGUAAGCAUCGUGAGGAGAGACGAAGAAGACGAGAAGAACGCGAGGCCAAGGAGCGAGAAGUUGGAAAUCGAGAACUGGAGGAGAAGAGUGACAAAUCAUUGGAACCAUUCCCCGAAAACGAUGUCGACACCGGAGAAUCGAAACCUAGCUCGAGGCCAGUCACUCGGGAAAGACGACCGACAAGACACCAUUCGAAUUCUUAUAGUUCACGAGGCUCUCGUCCAGAAAUACCCACAUCCCGAGGCUCUCGUACAUUGGAAAAGCCAGCGGAAAAACCAAAGAAUGCUUUCAAGAGCUUUAUGACAUUGGGGAAAAAGGUCUUUGCUUCGGAAAAGCAUUGA